AUGGAGGGCUCAACCAAGGCUGGAGAAACAAAGUCAGCAAAACCCAACAACAACAUAUGGGGACUUUUUAAGCACUCAGAUGGAUCAGACAGAAUUUUAAUGGCAAUUGGGUUCAUAGGGUGCGCAGUGGAUGGGUCUUGCUCUCCUCUCAUUAUGUUCGUUCUCAGUAGGAUGAUGAACACCUUUGGCCUAAACCCUAUUUUCUCUCUCAAAGACAUAGAAAAGGAUGGGUUUUAUUUGCUUUGUGUAGCUAUUGGUGUUGGAAUCGGCGCAUUUGUAGAGGGUGUAUGUUGGACAAGGACGGCAGAGAGACAAACAAGUAGAUUGAAAGGCAAAUAUUUAAAGGCAGUACUUAGGCAAGAUGUAGCAUUCUUUGAUACACAAGCUGCUAAUUCCACUUACCAGAUCGUUUCAAGUAUCUCCACAGAUACUGCAGCAAUACAAGAUGUGCUCAGUGACAAGCUCCCUAAUUUUCUUAUGAACACAUCAACCUUCAUCACAGCUCAAAUAGUAUCCAUGGUGCUCUCAUGGAGGCUCGCAAUCGUGGCCGUCCCGCUUCUGUCUCUCCUCGUGCUCCCCGGUUUGAUAUACGGGAGAAUGCUGGCAGGAGUAGCACGAGAGAUGCAGAAGGCCUAUGGAGAGGCAGGAGGCAUUGCCGAGCAAGCCUUAGUGUCGAUACGCAUGGUUCAGUCAUAUGUUGGAGAGAAACGUGUGCUUGAGAAGUUUUCAGCAGCUAUGGAGCAUAGUUUGAGGCUUGGAAUACGACAGGGUCUUAUGAAGGGAGUAGCAGUCGGGAGUAUAGGGGCCGCCUUUGCGGUGUGGGCCUUUCAGGCAUGGUAUGGAAGUCUUCUGGUGGCAGAUAGGGGCGAGAAGGGAGGGAAUGUUUACAACGCCGGGAUUUGCAUCGUGAUCGGAGGACUGGCCCUGGGGAACGCACUCCCCAACUUGAAGUACUUCUCAGAGGCCACUGCCUCCUCUGCGCGAAUUCUCGGCACCAUCUCCCGCAUUCCAGCCAUCGAUGCCGAAGACCUUCAUGGGGAGACACCGGAAAACUGCAGAGGAGAGAUUCAAUUCAAAGAAAUAGACUUUGCCUAUCCAUCAAGACCCACCAUCACUGUUCUUCAGAAGUUCAGCUUAACAAUCCCAUCAGGCCAAACAGUUGGCAUUGUGGGCACAAGUGGCUCUGGUAAAUCAACAAUCAUAUCUUUGCUACAAAGAUUCUAUGAUCCAAUCAAUGGAGAAAUUCUUUUGGACGGCCAUGAUAUCAGAAGCCUGCAAAUAAAGUGGUUGAGAUCUCAAAUGGGGCUGGUUAGUCAAGAGCCAAUAUUGUUUGCCACCACCAUUAAAGAUAACAUACUGUUUGUAAAGGAAGGGGCUUCAAUGGAGGAAGUGGUGGAGGCAGCCAUGGCAGCUAAUGCACACCAUUUCAUUACUGGCCUUCCGAACGGAUACGAUACACAGGUGGGGCAGCUCGGCGUCCAACUCUCGGGCGGUCAGAAGCAGCGUAUCGCCAUUGCCCGCGCCCUCCUCCGCCGCCCCCCAAUCCUACUCCUCGACGAGGCCACCUCCGCCCUCGACUCCCUCUCCGAGCUCUCCCUCCUCUCCUCGCUCUCCUCUGUAUAUCUAAAACCCAAUUCAUAUCUCUCCACUUCCUCUCUCUCUCUAAACCAUCCCUCCACCUCCACCACUCUCAUUGUUGUGGCGCACCGCCUGUCGACCAUACGGGACGCCCACCUCAUUGCUGUCCUGCACAGCGGCCGCUUGGUCGAAUGCGCCCCACCCCACUCCAACUCUGCCUUCUCAUCCAUGAUGAACCUCCAAACCCUGAAGAAUCCUAACCCUAAAAUACCAGAGAUGGUGAAUUAUGAAAACCCUAAUCCUAGAAAUCCAGAGCCUGAGACCCCGAUUGCCCCCUCCCCUGCUUCCCACUACGUCACUCCAAUAAAAAAACCGGAGACCAAAACUGUGAAUUCGAGCUCUCCUUCUUUCUUUGACCUCCUUUCCAUGGCGUCUCCAGAGUGGAAGCAGAGUCUGAUGGGGUGCAUUGGAGCCAUGGGAUUUGGAGCAGUUCAGCCUGUUCAUUCCUUUUGCCUUGGGGCUCUUCUGUCUACCUAUUUUCUCAGAGAUAAUGGCGAGAUCAAGUCUCAGACGAGGAUCUAUUGCUUUAUUUUCAUGUCUUACGCCCUGUUCUCUUUUGUUACAAAUGUUCUACAACACUACAGUUUUGCAGUGAUGGGGGAGAGGCUCGUGAAGAGGGUCAGAGAGGCAGUGUUGAUGAAAACCAUAGGAUUUGAGGUGGGGUGGUUCGAUAGAGAGGAGAACUCGACUGGUGCGAUUUGUACAAGAAUAGCAACCGAGGCUUCAAUGGUGAAAUCACUUCUUGGUGAUCGACUGUCUCUAAUGCUUCAGGCUGGGACCUCUGCAACUCUCGCCAUGGUUUGGGGCCUCGCUCUUGCUUGGCCUCUUGCCAUUGUUAUAAUCGCUCUCCAACCUGUGAUCAUCGGCUGCUUUUACUUGAGGGUUGUUCUCAUGAAGUCUCUCUCUCAAAAAUCUCAGAAAUCUCUCUCUGAAAGCAGUGGAUUGGUCUGUGAAGCUGUGAUGAACCAUAGAACUGUGACUGCAUUCUCUGCUUCUGAUAAGAUACUCGCCAUGUUUGAUGAAGCACUGAAAAGCCCUAAAAAGGAGAGCCUGAAACAUUCAUGGCUAGCUGGUUUAGGCCUUUCGGCUUCACAAUUUCUCACCGCUACGAAUUCAGCCCUAAUUUUCUGGUAUGGUGGAUGGCUUUUACACAAAGGAGUCAUCACAUAUAAGCAUUUGUUACAAACUUUUUUCAUUCUUGUGACCACUGGUCGAGUAAUUGCAGAGGCAGGAAGCAUGACCUCCGAUCUCGCGAAAGGAAUGGAAGCUUUGAAAUGGGUUUUUGGGGUUUUAGAGAGAGAAAGCGCCAUUAAUCCCGACAACCCAGAUGGGUUAAAACCUGAGAAGAUUCAUGGCCAUGUUGGGUUCAAAGAAGUUGAAUUUGCAUACCCAUCUAGGCCAGACCAGAUGGUUUUGAAGGGUUUGAGCUUUGAGCUCUGCAAAGGCAUGAACAUGGCUUUGGUGGGCCGAAGUGGAUGCGGAAAAUCAACUGUAAUUGGGUUGAUUGAGAGGUUUUAUGAGCCAUUGAAUGGGAUUGUGGAGAUUGAUGGAAGGGACCUGAGGACUUAUAAUUUGAGGUCUUUGAGGUUUCAUAUUGGGCUGGUUAGCCAGGAGCCAGCUCUAUUUGCAUGGAGUAUUAGGGAGAACAUUGUCUAUGGGAAGGAGAAUGCUUCAGAGGCUGAAAUCAUGGAGGCUGCUGUUCUUGCCAAUGUUCAUGAGUUUGUGAGUGGUUUGAAGGAUGGCUAUGACACCUACUGUGGAGAGAGAGGAGUUCAACUCUCAGGAGGGCAAAAGCAGCGCAUUGCUUUGGCAAGAGUCAUAUUAAAGAGCCCUGCAAUUCUCCUCUUGGAUGAGGCCACAAGUUCCUUAGACAACGAAUCGGAGAGGCUGGUUCAAGAGGCCAUGGAUAAGAUGAUGGUGGGGAGGACUUGCCUGGUUGUGGCACAUCGCUUUGCAACGAUUCGGUACUCGCAAUGCAUCGCAGUCAUCGAGGAUGGGAGGAUCGUGGAGCAAGGGUCUCAUGAGGAUCUGCUAGCAAAGGGAGAUGGUGGUUCCUAUUUCUCUCUCCUAAAACUCCAACAAGAUUCCACUGAGCCAUCAGAGUUGUCAUAUAGUGAUCGUGGCAUGGCAUCUGCCCUUUUUUAUUUGUUUGGGGAAGAUGAAGGAAAACCAUUGGCUUGCCCUCAGAAUGUAGAGAGAGAGAGAGAUCAGAUUGCAGUAAGGGCCAAGACCAACAUAUCAUGAGAGAGAAAGUACCCUUCUUCAUUGCAUGUAACAAUUUUCCCCUGUAUCUACAUAUAUUUAUUUAUUAAGAAAAUGAAUAAAAGAGCCAUUUUACUUUUGU